AGGCUAGGACGGCUGCUUGAUGGAAGCCUCCAACUGACCAAUAUAUUGGGAACUGGGGCCUAUGGCGUCGUCUAUUCAGCUGUCGAUAUUAAUACUAAAGUUCGCUAUGCGGUUAAGUGCCUAAGCAAGCUUACUGUCAAUGGAACUCCACUGGAACACAGCCAAGCCGCCUACCAACAGCGGGAAAUUCGGCUCCACUACCUAGCUUCCGCACACCCUAAUGUUAUAUCUAUAUUCAAUAUUGUGGACAACCCCGACUGCGUCUAUCUCAUUCUUGAGUACUGUCCUGAAGGCGACCUCUUCUUAAAUAUCACAGAGCGCGGCCAGUACGUUAGCAAUGAUGAGCUGUCUAAGAAAGUUUUCCUCCAAAUCCUAGAUGCUGUUGAAUACUGUCACAGUCUUCAAAUCUACCACCGGGACCUCAAGCCGGAAAACAUCCUAGUUACAAACCAUGGAGAUACUGUCAAGCUAUGUGACUUUGGACUCGCUACUUCAGAUCCGCAAUCUCACGACUUCGGGUGUGGAUCGAGAUUUUAUAUGAGUCCAGAAUCUCUAGAACCCGCCACAGGCCAGCACUACUAUAUGUGCGCACCCAGUGAUGUCUGGAGCCUUGGGGUCAUCCUCGUCAACUUGACAUGCGGAUGCAACCCUUGGGGGCUGGCCUCCAUCCAAGAUUCAGCCUACCGGGAGUAUGGCCGAUCAAAGGGCUUUCUGAAGUCGAUAUUGCCGUUGUCUGAUGAUUUGAACGACAUAUUGCGAUGCACCUUUAAGCCCACUCCUGAACACAGGGUGACGCUACCCGAGCUCCGUACCAGGGUCAUGGCUUGCUCCAGGUUCACUGUGCCAGCAGUGUCC